AUGUUAACGUACAAGCAGCUGGAUCACCUGAGGGCGGCUCUGCGGGAACACAACCUGUGGCUUCAACGAUACGGUCACAGUGGUAACAAUGCGGCAGCAGACCCCUAUGCACCACCACCAGCGGCGGGCGGCGACACAGGGGCGGAUGGCAACACACCGACCGCUACUCCUACAACGACAGGUGCAGCCGCCGAUGACUCCGAGCUCCCGGCAUACUCGGCUUCGGACGUGCCCCCGUACCGUGGCGGACCGAACUCCGUGUCGUCAUCUACUUCGACACGGGAGCAGGUCCAGCAGCGUCGGAAUGAACUGACGGAAUGGCUACGCGAGGGGGAGGAUGUCUUGAGAGAGUACUCGGCGCGGUACAGCCAGCUCAGUGAGGAGUUGCAAAUGCCCCCUGGGGACCUCCUGGGGACCUGGAAUGAGGCGAGCCCUGACAAUGCGUUACCGGAUUAUGAGAGGAUUGAGACAAGAGAGGAACUGAUGGUUGGUGGAGUGGGAGAAGUACCCCCGCCGUAUGUUAGGGGGAGCGCGGGGCGUUGA